AGACACGAGAUUUUCACCUCGCUCUGUAAUGCUCGUAGCGCGAAAGCAUGGGGGAGCUGCUUCAAUGUCCGUGGGCUGGGAGUGACUGCUGCUGCUGUUGCUGCGAUAUAUGGCGCGUGUCAUGACGGACGACGAUGGUCGGGGUCGUCGGUUGAGAUGUGCACAUUUGAAAUGCCUGGAUUCGGAUGAAAGAAUGACGCCGGCAGCGCCAGGCCUCCAGUAGACUCGAGCAGCUCUUUCGGUCGAGAAACAAGUGGUACGGCGGAACUUUCUUGCUUGCGUUCAUCCUCUCCCCUCCAUUCAUUUCCUGAGCUACAAUGACAUUGCGUCUCAGUUCUUCUUGUCGUCAACCCUCGUGACGCCUCGGACUCCCGCGCACCGAAACUCUCGAUGGCGACGAGGCAGGAGCUCAGAACAGCGCCGCUCGCGGUAUACCUAGAAAGCACAUUGCCCCUCGAGCCCGGUACGAUGGAAUGCAAGCCAGCAGCAGGAACUUGCAUCUCCCUGAGGCCCUGACAUUGGCCAACGCUCGUGAACAUCCUUCCCUAGAGAGAUAGAGAAAGAGAUAGAGAGAGAGAGAGUGAGUCUUUCGGCCGACGACUGUCGUGAACAAAAAGAAGAAGAAGCAGGAAACGCAGUAACACGAGGAGAGGAUCGAGCGAGCAAGAAUGCAGGAGAGCGAAGAAGCCAAGGAGUAGCAGCAGCGCGGGCGCAUCCCUCACGAAGUAAGUACCCGACCACCACCACCGCCGCCGCAAAGUAGGAUGACGAUGCUCGGGUGAGGGCAGAGAUUCUUCACUGCGCUAUGCAAGGCGAUCGGGAGGAGUGCGCCGAGGCAGAAACCGAAAGCGAGACCGCGAAUCGCACCUUCCUCGUCCGGUAUCCCACCCGUCGUCGUAGUCGCAAUCAGGCUCCGAACUCGUAAGAAAAGCAAGCGCAGAGGAAGAAGAGAAGGGUCACGGAGAGGUCGCACGAAAGGGCAUGGCUUGAGAAGGCAGGUUCAAGGGCGAACUCAGAGAUGGCGAGGGCAUUGCGCUGGCUGGCGCUGGCGCUGAGCUGGCUGGGGCUGCUGGGGCUGGCGCAAGGGCUGGGCACGGCUGGGAAAAUCGCGGUGUCGUAUGGGGUUAACGGGCAGGCGCUGUGCCAGAUCAAGGAGGACGGGUCGCAGCUGACAACGUGCUUCGGCACGGACGCGGCGUCGGUGUCGGGCGCGCCGUCGCGGCACGCGCUGAGCGGCAUCACGGGCGGCGACGGGUUCGUGUGCGGGCUGUCGCAGCUGGAGCAGACGCCCUACUGCUGGGGCAACAACAUUUACGUUCCGGCGGGCGUGCCGCAAAUGCCCGACAGCAGCAUCAAAUACGUCGGCAUUAGCGCCGGCGACAACCACCUUUGCGCCCUGCGGGAGGGCGGCGCGAGCGUGAAUGCGGAGGCGCGGAAGAAGAGCGCCAAUGCCUCGAGCUCCCUCGGCCCGUGGGUCGACUGCUGGGGCUACAACAUGACCGGCUCGUUCAUCAGCCAGCCCCUGCUGGCGCUGACGGCCGGAUCGUUCUUCACCUGCGGGCUCUUCGCCAGCAAUCGGACCGCCAUUUGUUGGGGCGACGAUUCGGGCUACAAUGUGAUCCAGGGCGUGCCCGAUGUCGCCUUCAGCAGCAUCGCUGCGGGAGGGUACCAUGUCUGCGGCAUCGAGGAAGGCAGCCUUGCGCGCACCAUUUGCUGGGGCCGCACUCUGGCCCCGCCUGGGGGCCCUCCGCAGGGCGUCUUCCUCAAUGGGCUCGUCGGCGGCAAGUUCCACUCCUGUGGCCUCAAGGCCGACACUCUCACCCCGAUCUGCUGGGGCCUGGCCACCCCGAGCCUCGUGCCCACGCCCGAGAAUGAGUCUCUGCAGUUCAUGGUGGCUGGCGACUACUUCACCUGCGGAGUGUCGGGAGGCUCCUUGAGGACUGUCUGCUGGGGCUCGAACUACCCUCUGCCCUCGGUUGCGCCCCCGGUGCCGAACACGGACCUCGGGUGCAGCAAGGGUGGGGCGUCGUGCUCGCCCCCGACUGCGAAUUCUGGGCACAAUGGGGGCACCAUUCAGGUGCCUAUCAUAAUCGGUGAGCUGGUGACGGCUGUGGUGGUGAUUUCGGCGCUGCUGCUCGGGGCCUACUUCUGGGUGCGCUACAAGCUCGCGAAGGUGGCGCUCAAGGCCGACGAUCUGGACUCGAAGGCGCCCAGCAACAACACGCCCCCGACCACGGCGCCCACCACGGACGCCAGCUUGCCGCACCACCAUCAGCACCACCACGCGAAGAAGUCGUCGUUCCGGUCGAGCUCGAACAAGACCAAGGGCGGGUCGGGGCGGCACGAGGAGCCGAUGAAUCCGCGGGCGCACGUGUUCCGGUACCAGGAAUUGCAGGAGGCCACGGGCGAAUUCGGGGCGGACCACGAGAUCGGACGCGGCAGCUUCUCGAUCGUGUACAAGGGCAUUCUGGCCAGCGGGACUGUUGUGGCCGUCAAGCGGGCUAUGGGGUCGACCACCAAUCCCGACAAGGUCCCCGAGAGCAAGGAGUUCCGCAACGAGCUGGACCUGCUUUCGAGGCUGAACCACGCGCACCUGCUCAAUCUUCUGGGCUACUGCGAGGAGGGCGGCGAGCGCCUGCUCGUGUACGAAUACAUGGCCAAUGGCACUCUGUUCGAGCACCUGCACGGCGAGGACAAAGAGCAGCUGAAUUGGGUAACCAGAUUGAAAAUCGCCGUGCAGGCCGCCCGGGGGCUCGAGUAUCUGCACGGCUAUGCCUGCCAUCCAGUCAUUCACAGGGACAUCAAAUCGUGCAACAUUCUUCUCGACGAGGAGUGGAAUGCGCGAGUGGCAGAUUUCGGCCUCUCGCUCUUCGGCCCUGAGAACAGCAAUUGCCCUCUGUCCGAGCCGCCGGCCGGCACUCUGGGCUAUCUGGACCCCGAGUACUAUCGCCUGCACUAUCUGACCACCAAGAGCGACAUCUACAGCUUCGGCGUGCUGCUGCUGGAGAUCAUGAGCGGCCGGAAGGCCAUCGACAUGGGCUACCCGCAGGGCAACAUCGUGGAGUGGGCCGUGCCGCUGAUCAAAGCCGGGCUCACGAGAACUAUUCUCGACAACCGGAUCGAGGAUCCUCCCGACCUCGACGCUCUGGACAAGCUGGCCAAGGUGGCCGCGCAGUGCGUGAGGAUGCGGGGCAAGGACAGGCCGUCGAUGGAGAAGGUGACCACGUCGCUGGAGCGCGCGCUGGCGCUGAUGCUGGGCACUCCUAACAGCGAUGGGCAGCUGAUUCUGCCCACGGAGGUCGUGCUCGGGAGCGCCAGGCUGAACAAGAAGACGUCGUCGAGGAGAUCGUCGUCCCACAAGAGUGAGUCGCGCAAGUCGGACUCAGAAUUCGGGGAGCCCGUGCGGGAGAGGGACAAGGAUUUCGUGGACGUGCCGGCGUUCGGAAAAUUGAGGGGCUACCAUCCGAGCGUGGAGGAUCUGCCGAGGGUGUCGUCGCUCACCAGGGUUCAAUCGUUCAACAAAGUGCACAGCCUGACGAGGAACCAAUCCCUCACCAGGGCCUAUUCUUUCAACAAGGCUUACUCUCAGCGGACCGCGAGCAGCAGGUUGGACGAGGAAGACCUGGAAAUGCAGUCGUUCGGCUCGCCUCCUUUCGAGACCAAUAAUUCACUACGGGCAGUAGAUCGCGAAGCCCCGCGGGAUAUCCGAAUCGACUCGUGGCCUCAACAUAUCAGGGGCCCCAGCUCGUCGGUGCCCUGUGACUCUGAGAUUUCCCCCGAAUCUCCCCGGCAACUGUAACUACUGGAGAUUGUAGUGGAGUUUUUUCUUCUUUGCCUCUGCCCCUCUGUUUGCUCUUUCCGCUUCAAUAUUGCCGUCCGCUCUCUCCCAUCUGCUAGGAGAUACAUUCUUAACUUUUGUAAAUCAUCAUUACAUUGAGGAAUUCCUUAUUCACUAGUUGCAGUCUGUCCAGAUCUGCUCAGUAACGAACGAUCCAAGAAGAAAAGCUUUGAAUCUGGUGGCCGCAAGGACAAGGCCACGAGCUGUUUCCACCACCGGAUUCUUCAAUUUUGUAUUUAUGUAGUCUCAGGCAGUGCAGUCAAGUCAGUCAGUCAGUCAGUUCAGUCGGUCGGUCACCGAUCCUCGUGCUUCAUGAAUUGCAGGAACGCGCUAUUUAUGCAGUUAGCAAUGGCAUCUUUCGUGAUGUUAAGUGUGGUCUGGAAACUAAUGUUCGGUGAGAAAAGAUUCUCCAAGCUCGGAGGAGCUGAAUUUGUGAUUCCGGCCGAUUUCAAUGUUCUUAAAGAAACCACUUCAAAGUGGAACAAUUGUAAGUC